CCCCGGCCAACCCUCCCGCGGCAUUGACAAACUUUUGUCAAACUGUGGUUGCCUUGAUGGAGCUGGCGGCGCGAAAACCUUAAAGAACUCUUGGCAUAGAGCUCACUGUCACAGAGUGGACCCAACAGAGGGCUAACUAGACUUUAGGCAGUGUGGACCCAACAGAGGGCUAACUAGACUUAAGACCCUCAGUUGUCUGUUUGAUAUUUCUGUAUGGGAAGAUUACUUCGUUGACCUAGCUCUUACUUUGACCUAAUGUGUUGCUUAUAUUACUGGAGCUAUACUAUUAAAUAUUACCUGAUAUAUAUGUAGUAAAUGUAGAGUUUAUAUACAUAUACAGUAUGUUUUGGAUCUAUGUAUAAGAGACAUUCUCAAGCAUGUAUACUAAACAGUUGGAGAUUGUACACUGAAUCUAAGUGAGUUAGAAAUUCAGUUAUUUUUGUUCGCUACUGUCUUAUGUACUGGAGUAGAAGAGAGGAAAUUUGUUUCUGGACUUAAGUCAAACAUUUAGUGGAAUAUUUAGAAGGCUAGUUAAAGUGCCAUAGAGAUACGUCAUUAGUGGUCACGUGAGUGACAAUCAACCAAUCAGCGACCAUGUACGAAAUGAUGCGGGCUUACUUCCAGGACAAAAAACGGAAUCGAAUCCUCCACGACCGCCUCCAAGCUGGCUUAACGGAGGAUGAGCGGGUCUUCUUGGAGGCGGCGGAAAUAGGGAACUUGGACGUGAUUAAAGUUCUUUUGGAAAAUGACAAGGUCAAGGUGGACUGCUGUGACCAGCAAGGUCGAACGGCGCUGGAGAUGGCGGUCACCGGAAAUGACGUAGAAAUCGUUUGCUACUUGUUGGAAAGAUCGUCUGCUAGACACAUACAUAAAGCCUUACUGGCUGCUGCCGACAACGACAUGGAAAGGAUCUGCGAGCUCAUCCUCGACCACCCCCACUACAGGGACAGCGUGAGGCGGGAGACGGAGCGGAGGGCGGCCGAGAUGGCCGGAGAAGAGGGCGUGGCCUUCUUGGAGGACGUCAACACGGACUCCCGCUUCUCUCAUGCCAACCUGAGCAAGCUGUUGCUAGAGGUGUUACUCAGGGCAGCCAAGCGGAACAACUUCCAGAUCGUCAAGAAGAUCAUGAUGUGUGGCGUUUUCUUGGAGGAGCCCCACGACUACUUCUGUGCCUGUGCGGACUGUACCCUGGAGAGAAGGGAAGACUUUAAGGUAUUCACCACUAGACGACUGGACACUUACUCGGCACUGGCCAGUCCAGCUUACAUUUCACUGACUGCUGAAGACCCCAUCAUGUUUGCAUUCUACCUGAGCAGAAAGUUCCGACGUCUGUCCGAAAUCGAAGGAGAGUACAAGCAAACUUAUCUGGAAUUAGACCAACAGGUGCAGAACUUUACACUAGCCAUGUUGGACCAAUGUCAAAGUUCAGACGAGGUCAAAACUGUCCUCAGUGGCAAGUGCCGACCCAUGGACAAUAAUUAUGACGACUCGGGAGGUGGGACUACUUCCACGGAAGAAACUGGAGAUGAGCGAGGGACUAUUUUACCUUUGGUCUACACUGCGGUGCGGAUGGAGCAGAAAAAGUUUGUGGCCCACCCUCAGUGCCAGGCCCAGAUUGGAGAGAUGUGGUACAGCGGCGUCCCCUUCCUGAGAUACCUGAACAGGUUCGCCUACCUAAUGCUAGCCAUACCCAUCGGCAUCGUCGUGUGUCCAGCCAUGUCGUUCAUCUAUUUAGUCUCACCAUGGGCGAAGGUAGCCCGCAUUGUGAAUACGCCCUUGAUGAAGUUCCUGUCCUACACCUGUUCCUACCUGACGUUCCUGCUCCUGAUAAUCUCGGCCAAACUGUACCUGCGCCAUCACAUGGACACCUUCACGUGUGAAAAGCCGGAUACUGUGGCCUAUGUAGUGGUCACUCUUGUCUUCUUAUGGAUCAUGGGUCUUAUUUUUGAAGAGUGCAAACAGAUUUAUUCCUCUGGCGCCAAAGAUUAUUUUGCCUCGUUCUGGAAUAUGAUGGACAGUAUAAUGUUGAGUUUACUCCUGGCAUCUUUUGUCCUGGAGUUGAUCACCCCGAUGCGGCUUUACAAGCUUGAGUGGCAAGACAAUGAGCCUGUCACCACCACAGUUUCUCUCUUACUCCAGCAGACUCACCGCUAUCGAGACACCAAUGCAAGCACACUGGCAUUUUUCUUUCAUGCGCCAUCCCCAUCUCCGCAAUUGGCCAGUGUGGAGUCACCCAUUUGUCACCAGGCAAAAAGAUCAGCAGCCAUGAACAACUUCUGCCAAGACUUUAAUGGACGAGUUCAGGUAAUUUGGGAUCCUGUGUGGGUUCCUGAUCCCGAACUUCUCUCAGAUGUCUUGUUUAGCCUUGGCAUGAUCUUCAGUGUCAGCCGAUUCUCAUUUAUCAUGCCAGCUAAUGAAGCUCUGGGAACAAUGCUUGUCUCAUUCAGACGAACUUUAGUGGAUAUUGCUAAAAUCAUGGGCAUGUUUAUCCUUGUUCUGAUGGCCUUCACUUGCGGCAUGGCAGCCUUAUACUCACCUAGUAGAUGCCAGAAUGACUUCUUUAGUAGCUUCACUGAUACAUUGUCCACUUUAACAUGGAGUGUGUUUGGCCUGGGAAACAUUGAUGCCCCUAGAAUGAAGGACGACUCUGCAGAACACGAGCAUCCUGUCUCUACAUUGACAAACAAUCCACAGAGGUCUCAUAGUACUGCCACAGUGGGCAUCUACUUAUAUGGUCUCUUCAUUUUCUGUACAAAUGUGGUGCUUCUGAAUCUUCUGAUUGCUGUCAUGUCUAACACAUUCCAGGAAGUUCAGGAUGAAAGAGAUAUUGAAUGGAAGUUUGCCCGCACGGAGCUGUGGUUGACAUUUGUUGAGCCCGGAAACCCCGUGCCCCCGCCUUUCAACAUCAUCCCAAGCCCACGGUUUAUCUGGAAGUGCAUCAUGUGGAUGCUGAGGAGGUCAAAGUUCAGGCACCUCUUAUCACACGAGGGCAAGAAAGUUCGCUAUGUCACCGUCCAGACGGGCAGUAACUUAGAGCUGCAAGACAUGAGUGAGGAUAAAAGUGAGUCUUCCAUCGAUGGUCGGCACACUCGCAACGAUGUGAUGUGCUUAUUAGUCCGUCGUUACGUCCGGCAUGUUGAACGGAUGAAAAUUGAAGGAGAAGAUGGAGAAAAAACUUCCAGUGAAGAAAUGUUAAAGAGAUUAGUCGAAAGGAUGGGUGUCAAGAUAGAUAAACGUCUUGAUGAGAUUCAGUUCAAAGUCAGCCGUCUGGAGAGAGAGGUGGAUAAUGUGAAGAGUGAUGGAACUAAAUCUCAAGCCUUGCAAAGAGAGCACCUUGACCGAUUUGUGGAGUUCUCUGGGAGAAAGACAACAGAGGGAGAUAAAUAUGCUCAUUUAUUAGAUGAAGCCAAACUACAGAUACUGUCCAGGAUGGACUCAGAACGUAUUCAAAUGGAAAGAGUGCUGGAACACAGAGUUGGUACUUUGGUGAGGAAACUGGAUGAGAGCACACGUCUGCUAUCCCAACAAGUGGACAAACUACAAGGUUUGAAAGGUCAAGGGUCAGCACCUGCAUCACCUUCUAGAUCAAAAUAGAUGUAAACAAAUCAUUGUAUCUAAAAUGUAUUGGCCGUAUGUGUUGAAAUGAUGUGGUGAUUAAGUGAGUAAAUGUCUAAUGGUUUAAAUCCUAGCAAAGAUUGGAGUUUUAAAACAGCCAUUUGAGCACACAGUCACCUUUAUCUAGCUCUAUAUGAAACUUGAAAUGCUUAAGGGAGAAUGAUCAAAGUACGUAUCACACUUCAUUCACAUACUGAUGUUGGAAGAAUUGAUGAAUUAUUUGCAUUCCCUACACUCUUUAUAUGACAAAUAUCUGUGUCAUUGUGAUGUUUUUACUUUUUGUUUUUAAACAAUGAUUAUAAGUCCAGUGUCGGAAAUGCAAGAAAUUUUUUGAUUAAAGCUUUUGGUUUAAGUGACUAUAUUGUGCAUGUAGUGUAAAUCACUCACGAUGUCAAAGUAAUUUUGUUUCUUUAUAAAGAAAAUAGGUUGUUACAUGAACCAGUUAUCUCUCUCUCAUAUCAUUGUCUUCGAUGGACCUUCAUUCAAAACGCGACAUUCAUAAAGAAUAGCCAUAGCAACCUACCACUUUCCUUUUAUUUUUAAAGACCAUUCAGUAACUUGUGUGAUUUUAAAUUUAAAGAAUCAAAAAUAAAUUAAGCAAUUUACUAGGACUUAUAAGGUUGUUGAGUUGGUAAUUAGUUAGAGCAUUUGAGUAACACCAUUAGUUAAAUUACUAAACUUAGAGACCCCUCAACUCAAGAAAACAUUAAGAGACUGGAACAGGCACAAAAUAGAGCAGUGAGAUUUAUAACAAACGAAUAUUCACAUUUGACUAGAGUAACACCUUUAGUAAAAUAACUAAAUUUAGAAAGCCUUAAGGAGAGAAGACUCAAAACCAAUUAUACAUAAAACACUGAACCAUAAUCUUCAAAUACAAAAACAGAAUUUAAUAAAAUACUCUGGAAGACACAAAGAUAAAGGCACAUUCCUCGUCCCAUAUGCUAGGACAAAUUUGUACAAAUACUCCUUCUUCCCUAGAGCUAUUAGAGCAAGGAGUGAGUUGCCUGAGCUAGCCAAGAAAACCAGUAACUUGGCAGAAUUUAAGUCAUUGGUUAAUAUGCAUGACUAGAUAUUUGACAUGUUGGAUGUAAACAUCUUUUUUUGAAGUUAUGUCUGUAUUAUAUAAGAUAAGAUAAGAUGAUAGAGAGAUGUCAGGAUAGAAGAAUAAAAAGUAAAGUAGCUAUAAUACACAAAACAUUGAACCAUAAUUUACAACUAGAAAAACUAAACCUAAUGAAAUACUCAGAAAGAUGCAAAGAUAGAGGCACAUUUCUUAUUCAAAACGCUAGAACUAAUUUGAACAAGUACUCCUUCUUCCCUAGUGUCAUUAGAGAAUGGAAUGGGUUACCUGAAUCAGCCAGGAAAACCAAUAACUUAGCAGAUUUUAAGUCAUUGACUAGAUUGACACAUGAAAUGCGUAAGAUGACACACGAAAUGUAUAAGAUGUAAUUAUCUUCUUUUUUGAAGUAACAUCUGUAAUAUAUAAGGUAAAAUAAUGCAAGCAGUUAAACUUAACACUUCAUGGAUUAGCCAAUGACAGAUUACAAUUCUGUUGUGAUGUUGUGAUUAAAGCACUGUUGAUCUUAUUGUCAAUUCUUUUUAUGGAAAAAAUUUAGCCAAGUUUGUUUUAUUUUAUUAUAAAUUCUUUACUCCGAGUCGACUUCUGAAAAAUUGAUUUCAAAAGAAAAAUUGUUAUUGACUUGAUUGAAUUAUAAUGUAAAAGUAGGUUUUAUUUCACUGAUGAUGAGUUAAUGUGGAUUGGAGGCCAACUACAAGACAGGAAAUUACAUUUCAAUAUUUAAAUCAGAAGUAAAACUGUAUAGUAUUAUGUAUAUAUUAGUGUAUUUGUAAAUGAUGUAUUUAGACUGAUAUUCUGUGUUUGUGAUGAUGUAAGAAGGCUGAUGUUCUGUACUUGUGAAGAUGUAUUCACAGUGGUGUUCUGUACUUGUGAUGAUGUAGUCAGACUGAUGUUCUGUAUUUGUGAUGAUGUAUGAUGGCUGAUUUUCUGUACUUGUGAAGAUGUAUUCACUGUGGUGUUCUGUACUUGUGAUAAUGUAGUCAGACAGAUGUUCUGUAUUUUUUAUGAUGUAUGAAGACAGAUGUUUUGUAUUUGUGAUGAUUAAGGUAGACAAUUGUUUUCAAAUUGUACCAAUGUAUCCAGACUGCUGUUCUAUUUUUGUCCAUAAAUUUAAAGCCAUGCUCUAACAUAAUCUCAGUUAUCCUUUUCUUAAUUAUUCAUAUUUGUUUCGUACAAGUAUGAAUCAGUUUGUUAUUAAAAUUUGAGAGUAUUAGUUUAAUUUUUUUUUGGUAUAGUCUGUGUAUGUUGUAUGACAAGGCUCUAUUUGUAGAUUCUGUUAUAGUUUUUAUAUGUGGAUAUUUCUAUCAAUUGGUGUACUAGUGUCUUUUAAUUUAAUUUACAGUUUUGUUACAGUACUUCCUAACUUAGGAAGAAAGUCAUCAGUUACCUGUUGUAAUUAGCAUAGAAAAUGAUAAUAAAAAGUAAAUACAUAUUUACUUUUAUCAUCUUAGAUAUGCGUACCACAACAGGUAAACUUUGUCAUGAAUAAACAUAUAUUUUUGUUCUAUGUCUCUUAUAACAAAAUGGAUGUCUUUUUGUAUCACUAACUUAUACUUUUAAACAAAGUCUAUUUGAGAAUGUAUUUUUAUCCAUAUGACUGUGUUAACGCAACACACGAUUUAGUGUUAAAAAGAUCAUUUUGAUCGUGAACAAGAAUGGAUGCAGAGUUCACAAAGAAAAUUUGAAGUCAAAAUGCCUACGUCAGAGUACCUACGUCAAAGUACCUAUGUCAAAGUAUCUACGUCAGAGUACCUACGUCAAAGUACCUACGUCAGAGUACCUACGUCAAAGUAUCUACGUCAGAGUACCUACGUCAAAGUACCUACGUCAGAGUACCUACGUCAAAGUAUCUACGUCAGAGUACCUACGUCAAAGUACCUACGUCAGAGUACCUACGUCAAAGUAUCUAUGUCAGAGUACCUAUGGCAGAGUACCUAAAUGAAAGUACCUAUGGCAGAGUACCUACAGCAUUCACCAAGUUUAUAAGUUUUACAAUAUUGAUACAUUACCUUUAAAGUUGACUAUAACGCCACAGACUGAAAGUGGGUAUUAGCUUUUGUUUACAGAAAGACCUUUGAUCUCAGCAUCCACAUUUUAUAUUUUUAUUAUAAAUACUCAAUUACUUAUGAUGCAAUUGUUUUACACAGUCCUUCACCUGUAUCACUCUAAAGCAAGCCUGGGGUCAAAGGUUCUCGUAAGUGAAACCAUCUCAUUUAAGAGUAUAUCAGAAUUUCUUUUUUUUCAGUAUACUUUAAAUUAAGUUUCAUUAUAUUGAAUUAUAAACUUUGUUCAGCCUGAUGAGCUUGGAGCAUAUUAGCAAGUCUUCUCCCCCCCCCCCAAAGAAAUGUUAAUAUUGUCAUGUGGUAGUGCUCUGGACUAUAAUUUCAAUGGUCUCAGGCUCAAAGCUUACCCUCCAUCAUCCCCACUGGAGGUUUUGGCUUCUAUGGAAUAAUUAAUUCUAAAGAAAUUUUUAGUAAAACAAAACAAAUAUUGAACGUAAAAUUUUGUGAUGCGACAUUUAUUUUUAUGUUAAAAAUGUGAUUUUAUAUCUUUAAAUAUAUUUAUUUUUUCAUCUUUAACAUAAUGCCUCACUCAGCCUCUCUAGUUGUACUUGAAGCCCCAAUGUCAAACCUCUCUCAUGAUACCAACUUUUACUUCAUCCAGAUCCAGUAUUAUUGCAUUUUUUUUAUGAGCUUGUUAAGUCUCCAUUGUCAGUUCAUGAAUAUUCAGUGUUGAAUUAACUUGCACGACACAAUUGGCAGCAUCUAGAACUAGGUCACUUAAACCAUCAGAUUUUAUGCUCAUUCAAAAUAACACACCAAAAAAAAAAAUGUACUACUGACCAAACGGAUCAUUUUAUAUCUUUUUGUACAUUUUCUUAAGAAGCAAUUGAUGUCAACUGAAAAUGUUGGUAUUAAUGUUAACAUUUGAAGCACUGUUUUAUCCAUUGCCAGUUGUGAUGACAAUUAUAUAUAUUUCAGAAAUAAACACACAAUUAUUGAUUA